GAGGACGCGCUAGCGGAAACUGGGCCAGUCGUCGCAGGCAGCCGCGACUACACGAUGCACCGUAUAGACGGCGUCCUUCGUGUUACCGCCGGGCGCUUCGGUUCGAUACGACAGUGCGAGAGAGGUGCCCUGCCGCAGUUCAAGAUCAUCGUAGGAGAAA